AUGGAUUAUCAACAGUCAAUCAAGGUUCAACAAAAGUCUACCUACCAAUCUGAUCCAUCAACCUCUGGUUUCCCAGUCUUAGCCAUUGCAGCACUCUGCAUCGUAGCAACUGCUUUCUUGCUCGUUUCCUACUACUUUUUCGUCACCAGAGGCUGCUUCAACUGGCAACAAGUGAACCCAUUAAGACGCUUUUCCAUGUCCCGAGAACGAUCCACACCCGACCCGUUAUCAUCUCCAUACUCGACUCCUCCAUGGCAGGUUCGGGGACUCGAUGAAGUACUAAUCCGCGAGAUCCCCAUUUUUCAAUACACAGAAAGUGAAGGCGAGAAGAGGAGUUUAUACGAAUGUGUUGUUUGUUUGAAUGAUUUUCAAGAAAUGGAUACGUUAAGAGUUCUUCCAAGCUGCAACCACGCGUUUCAUUUAGACUGCAUUGACAUUUGGCUUCAGAACAAUGCGAAUUGCCCUCUUUGCAGAUUGAGCAUUUCAGGUAACACAAGGUAUCCAAAAGGCAAGAUAAUUGCACCAAGUUCUUCACCUCAAGAUCCUCAAAUGAGCCCCAUUGCCAGGAAUCAAGAUUUCUUGGUGAUUGAGUUGGGUGACGAGGGCCAUGGGUCAAGAUCACAACAAUCUAGACCUCAUUCUCCAAGAAAGAUUGGAGGGAAGAGAGCGAAAACAAGAAAAUGUCAUCAUGUUUCGAUUAUGGGAGAUGAGAACAUUGAUAUUAGGGGAAAAGAUGAGCAGUUUUCUAUCGAACCGAUUCGGAGAUCGUUCUCGAUGGAUUCAGCAAUUGAUCGCCAUAUAUAUUUAUCGGUUCAGGAAAUCAUACAAAACAAUGGAAGCCUACAACAAAUCAGAAACAAUGAAGAGGGAAGUACGAGUGGAAGAACAAGAAGACCUUUCUUCUCGUUUGGAAAUGGUAGAGGAUCAAGAAAUGCUGUUCUUCCUAUCUAG